UUGAAGGUGAAGGAGCUUCCCAACUACAUCAAGCCCAAGUUAUCUCUCGAUUACAUCAAGAACUCCUUUAACCGUGGCUUGGAUAACUACUACACCAAGUACAUCGAAACCAGUUCUCCUGAUCCACUCUACCAUGUUUGCUUCGGCGGCAUGGUUUUGUCCUACCUCGUUAAUCUUCCCGAGGAGCGCCGUCACUACGAGCACCUUGAGCACGAGCGCCUCGCUAAGGCACACGGUUCCGCCGCCGCCCACCAUUGAUCUCCAAUCGGUUCCUGGUUGUUGAGUUGGAGAUGGUCGGCUUGCAUAAUCAUUUUGUUUGAAAAUCUGAAAAAUCAAGGCUUAACAAUGCUGUUGCCUUCAAUGUAUUUCAGCGCUUAGAUGGUUAAAUAAGUUUUAUUUGAUACAAUACAGGGUUUCCUUGCAUUUAAAAUGUUAACUGAAUCUGCAAAAGGUGGACAUAUUUCUUGUUUCCCUUGCGUUUAAAGUGACAAUGGAAUUUGUGGAAGGUGAACAUAUUUCUUGGUCUCUUCCUAGGCUGAGUCCUCUUCACGUGAUUUUUUUUUUCUAAACCAAAAAUAAUGAUUGGAAUAGGGGCAUGAGAAUCCAACAAAGGAUUAGUUAAAUGUGAUUCAUACGUUGAACAAAUUCAUUCAGCGACAAUAUGGUAAAAAUAUUGAAUUUGAUAGUGUGAAAAUUGGACAAAUAUAGGUAUAGGGUGUAAUGGGUUGAUGAAGCAUGCUUAUAAUAUUAAUAAAUGGUCCAUAUAAUUUAGACACCAAAGGAAAUGGCCCAUAUAAUUUAAAAUCAAUCUAAUACUAUUGGUUAAUUAAUCCAUCAUUACAUUUAUGUUAAUAUGCUGCAAAUAUUUUCACCAGGAACAGUUUAUGUUAAUAUGCUGCAAAUAUUUUCACCGGGAUGCAACAAUGACACUUUGAUUUGAAUAGUUGUCUGAGAGUAAGAAGUAGGACAAAUUGUGAUUGAUGAUUUUUUCUAGAGGCACUGAUAAAUUUGCAGUGAAGUGUAAACUAGGAUGUUGUCAAACCUUGAAUUGUUCUCGGAACAUUAAGCUUGUGAAGACUUAAGGAUUUAGUAUCAUGUUAUGCUAUUGGAUACUAGUUUGAAUUUGUAAUAACUCUGACAUGAGUGAGUUUUGUUCAGCAUCAAGUCGAAGGAGGAGAGCUGCCUUUGAGUUUGUUGUGUAAGACCUCGAAGGGUUCCAGUUUACAAAAUGUGGAAGAAGAUGAGAUUUUGCAGAAAUCAAUGGCCUCUAAAUUGCAAUGGUUCAUUCACCGAAUAAUGGUAACGGUGUUAUCGAUAGACAGAAAGUGAAGUCAUCUGGCAGUAUUUGGAAAAAAAGGCAACCGGAAAUAUCUCCUGCUAAGACAGCAGAAAAUGGCAACAAGGACUUGGAAGAAGAGAGUGAUGAUGUUGGCUUGAAGAAGCUGUUACAAGAAAAGAAAAGAAAGAUGGAAUUUGUGUUUGGAGGAGACUCUAAGGCAGCAGAGUUGGAAUUUGAAAGACUUAGCAAAGUGAAGGCUAAACUAGAUAGCAUGAAGGUUAAAUUAAUUGACGUUCAAAACCACAGAGCAAAGGGUGCAAAGGAACCAUGUGUUAUAUUUGUGCCCAUAGCUAAGUUAAGGGGAAAAGGUUGAAUAAUUAAGAGAUUUUUUAGUACCAUUUCAUUUUAUUUUAUUUAUUUUUUUUAACAGAAGGUUAUAUAAUAUAUAGUGUUUUUUGUUGUAUAAUGAAAGUGAAGCAAACCUAACAGGUGAGCCACUAGGAAUAGUUUAGAUUCAAGCUUCAUUGUCAUAAUGUACCCCAAAGAAAAUGAAAGAAGUGAGGCAAACCUGUUGAAGUUGGAUUUGCUUAUACAUAUUAAUAAUUUAACGUUAGCAA